AUGUCGCGAUGGAUCAGCAAACGGAAGGUGUCCUUCCUCGGGAGCCAAGCGCAAGGACAAAAGCAGGUCCUGCCGGUCGCUACGUCACCUGAGAGUGAGUUUGAGCAGCUGUUUCGGUUAGCGUUUCUGUGCUUUCGUCCGUUUGCGCUUACACCGGGUCAGAUGUGCCGUCAACGAGACCGCUGGGUCGUGCGUGGUACUCGCUGGAUGUCACUGAUCGUGUUAGUUCUCGUGUUGGCCGCUUGGAUCGCGCUGGUGGAAUCAUUUUUCGUAGAGACACGAACCGCACUGAUCACCGGUAUCGCUAACCACAUCCAGUUCAUCGCGAAUACUGUCGCAUUAACGGCGGCUUGGGUUGUGCCGCAGUUGAAAGUGGACGAGCUGAGCGCGAUCCUGGACGGGUUCCUCCUUAUUGACCGUGAACUGAGCUCGUACAGUGUGCAACCGGUUCCAAAGAGCACUCGAAGAUCACUUUUCGUACACUACUCGAUCGUACUGGCUGCUCUCGGGCUACUAACCACCUACGAUGGAUGUGUGAGCUUCGGAAUACUCACCUCAAUCGAACCGUGGUACUGGCUAGCUCAUCAACUGCCAUUUAUCGUGUACUCCAUCGCGUUCCUGCAGGCGUAUCUCGUGAUCGGAUGGUUACAGGUGCGUUUUCGCCAUCUUAACGCACUCGUAGAACAGUACUAUCGCCAAGGAUGCGUGUUCACACCCGCCGUUAAACCUCCAAUAGUCGCUUUCACCACCAUUGCACGCUUGGAUGAAGAUGCGCCACUCGCAGACGACCUACAGGUGCUUGCAAUCGUCUCUCGAGCCAUCGAUCUUGGCCAAAAAAUCGAGUCAUACUUCGGACCGCUUUUCCUCACCGGCUAUACGGCACUCUUCUCCGUCACUACGAUCCAGUCGUACUACUGCUACCUCCAUCUGACGACGAAAGGUGACGAUAAAGGUCUCUCCGUCGAAACACUCAUCCUUUCGGGUGCGAUCAUCCUUGCGAACGCGAUUGCGAUCGUCGGUCUACCGUACGCGUGCGAACGUGUCGAGAGUGAAUCAAAACGACUCCUUUCGUACCUUUCGAAGCUGUCGAUGAAGCACGGCCAAGCUGCCCAACACUCUGGUUCCAUCUGGUUCCCGAAUCUGAUCUCGAGCGUUCGCUUUUCGGCACUUGGUUUCUUCUCCGUCAACUACAACAUGCUCUCUGGGCUAGUGGCCGGAAUGGUCACCUACCUGAUCAUCUUCAUCCAGUUCAACUCGAUGGUGCCGGCUGGGAAGGAUGACGAACAUCACACACGUCGUAGAGUGCAGCCCACGGAAAGCGACCAGAGCCUCUCUAGACGCUACCCGUUAAAGCUUUAG